AUGAUUUUGAUUUCACGAGAUUAUGCACCUUUUCUGUGUGGUUUUGUAACUUUAAAGUAUGGAGGGAAGAAGGGAAUAGAAAGAGUGGAAAGGCAUGACAUGAACACCCUGAGCCUUCCCCUCAACAUCAGGCGUGGGGGAUCAGACACAAAUCUCAACUUCGAUGUCCCCGAUGGCAUCCUGGACUUUCACAAGGUCAAGCUCACAGCAGACAGCUUGAAGCAGAAGAUUCUAAAGGUGACCGAGCAGAUCAAAAUCGAGCAGACAUCUCGCGAUGGCAACGUGGCCGAAUACCUCAAACUCGUGAACAGCGCAGACAAGCAGCAAGCCGGGCGCAUCAAGCAGGUGUUUGAGAAGAAGAAUCAGAAGUCAGCCCAUUCCAUCGCCCAACUCCAGAAGAAACUGGAGCAGUACCAUCGGAAGCUCCGGGAGAUUGAGCAGAACGGGACGCCACGUGCUGCCAGGGACAAUGCCAAGGACAACUCGAGGGACGGCCAUGGGAAAGCUCGGCCGGCCGGCCAAGGGAUGGAGAGUGGCAAGUCGGGCAUGCCGGGAGUCUCCCUGACACCACCCAUGUUUUUCAACAAGUCCAGGGAGUUUGCCAACUUGAUCCGAAAUAAAUUUGGCAGCGCCGACAACAUCGCCCACCUGAAGAGCUCCUUGGAAGAGUUCAGGACGGAUGCCAGCUCUAGGGUCUAUGGGGGCAGUGCCACCAUUGUGACCAAGCCGAAAUAUGGCAGCGAUGACGAGUGUUCCAGUGGCACUUCAGGCUCUGCGGACAGUAAUGGCAACCAGUCCUUCGGGACUGGCGGGACAAACACUCUGAGCAGUCAAGGGAAGCUGGCCAUGAUCUUGGAGGAGCUGAGGGAGAUUAAAGAGACUCAGACCCAACUGGCCGAGGACAUUGAAUCUCUCAAGGGGCAGUUCAAAAGAGAAUACAGCUUCAUUUCUCAGACCUUGCAAGAGGAACGCUACAG